GUGUUGAGACGGGCACUGAGCUGAGAGCAGGCUGGCUCUGUGCAAAAGAUAGAACAAGUCAAAGUCUCAUCUGCGGUUCGACUCUGGCUCACGCCGAAGUGUUUUGCACGCUGUCCUCCUCUGCCAUGUGGCUUCUGGACUGGAUUGUUUCGCUCAACACAGCCGUGGUGAAACUCGCCAGCGGUCUGAGGUGCAAGCCUGAGCCCCACCCGAGGGGAGCCGCACAGCAGCCCGACUCUUCUCUGCAGGAGCAAGAUGAGGAGAUCUUGGGUUCUGAUGAUGAGGAGCAGGAAGACCCUAAUGAUUACUGCAAGGGCGGUUAUCACCAUGUCAAGAUAGGGGAUCUGUUCAAUGGACGUUACCAUGUAAUCCGCAAGUUGGGAUGGGGUCAUUUUUCCACGGUUUGGCUUGCAUGGGACAUACAGGGGAAACGUUUUGUAGCAAUGAAAGUGGUUAAAAGUGCAGAACACUACACAGAAACAGCACUCGAUGAGAUCAAGCUCCUGAGAGCGGUCAGAAACACAGACCAGAAUGAUCCCAGCAGGGAGAAGGUGGUGCAGUUAUUGGACGACUUCAAGAUCUCGGGCAUGAACGGAUCCCAUGUGUGUAUGGUGUUUGAAGUCCUCGGGCACCAUCUGCUGAAGUGGAUUAUUAAGUCCAACUACCAGGGUCUGCCGCUGCCCUGCGUCAAGAGCAUCAUUCGACAGGUAUUGCAAGGCCUGGAUUAUCUCCACACCAAGUGUAAGAUCAUUCACACUGAUAUAAAGCCAGAGAACAUCCUGAUGGACGUGAACGAGGCGUAUGUCAGGAGACUGGCAGCGGAGGCCACAGAGUGGCAGAAAUCUGGAGCCCCGCCCCCUUCCGGCUCUGCAGUGAGCACAGCUCCAGCCCCAAAACAAAUGGCAAAGAUGUCGAAGAACAAGAAGAAAAAGAUGAAGAAGAAACAGAAGCGUCAAGCUGAACUUCUGGAGAAAAGGAUUCUGGAGAUCGAGGGAUUGGAGAAAGGACCCGACGGAGGAGAGGAUGAGGAGGAGGAAGAAAUGGAGACACCCGACAGCACCCCAUCUGUCCCCACCAGUCAGACACUGCAUGACAUCACAACUGAGGACACACUGGAUGGAGUCUCAGAUGGUUGGACUCGGCACGGAGAUGUCGUCAACGGCCACGGCCCUGAAUCGGAAGAGCAAACCCUACGUGUCCACGAGCAGACGAAGGACGACGCUCCCGCGAACCCUUACGACAGCAGCGCGGAGAGGUCCGAGCCCAUUAACCCUUACCCAGCAUGCAACGGCACAGAAGAGGAAGAGCCCAGACCUCCGUCCCCUGCUGGUGCAGACGGUAAAGGACCUUUGAUUUGUGCCAUGGUUGAAUCACAGUGCCCUAGAGUGCAGGAUCCAAAGGACGUCACGGUGGAGCUGAACGGCUCCAGCUCUGUUGAGGGUCCCAACAUGGAGCUGGACCCCAGCGCUCAGGUGGCCCCACUGGAGGAGAGCCUGAAGGACGCAAAAAUUGCGGCAGGGAACCUGCUGGUUAACCCACUAGAUCCUCAAAAUGCAGAUAAGAUGCAGGUGAAGAUUGCUGACCUGGGCAAUGCAUGCUGGGUGCACAAACACUUCACGGAUGAUAUUCAGACGCGGCAGUAUCGCUCACUGGAGGUGUUGAUUGGAGCAGGAUACAGCACACCGGCAGACAUCUGGAGCACAGCAUGCAUGGCAUUCGAGCUGGCGACGGGGGAUUACCUGUUCGAGCCUCACUCCGGUGAGGAUUAUUCCAGAGAUGAAGAUCACAUCGCGUUGAUCAUCGAGCUUUUGGGAAAGAUCCCACGGAAACUCGUCACGAACGGCAAAUACGCCAAGGAAUUUUUCACCAAGAAAGGUGACCUGAGGCACAUCACUAAGCUGAAACCAUGGGGUUUGAUGGACGUGCUGGUGGAGAAGUACGAGUGGUCGCGAGACGAGGCCCAGAAUUUCGCCGACUUCCUCCUACCCAUGUUGGACCUGGUCCCGGAGAAAAGAGCCACCGCUGCAGAAUGCCUCCGACAUUCUUGGAUCACCUCCUAGUGGCCGAACGUUCCCAAAAUACACCUCGCUCUUCUGAACUCAUGAAUGCUAAGCAGGCACAAGUGUUUUCUUGAGAGACCUGCCUGGUUUCACCACAGGUAUUAGUCGCACAUACAGUACGAGAAGGUCCGGUCGGUUCGAUCUAAUCCGAAUCUAAUCUUGUAUUGUUGUUCUUUUUUAUGUACUGGGUAUAAUUUGAGUGUACUGUUAUAUCUCAAUGCUUUGUGCUCUUGCAAACGCAUCACUUUUCUAACAAUUUCCCAUCAUAUCGGAGUUUUUCACCUUGCAGCUUAAGCGCAAGAGUGUUUCAAGCACUCAUUAGCCGAUUGUAGUGUUUCUUCUCUGUGUUAGGAAACCAUAAGAAACGAUUGUUGAUUUUUUUACAUAUCGUAUCAUGGUUAUAGAUCUCAGAAUGAAGAAGGAACCAUGAAGCAUUUGGACUUUGUUUUUAUUUGAAUGUGCGCUACUGUACAGUGCAAGAGAAAAUCAAAGACUUAACCGUUCAUUUUGUUAGGUGAUUAUCAUGCUUUUAUGACAUUAAUAAUUUAAUAUUGAAAACAUGUGAAGUUUUGGUAUUACGUUUUUUUGCUCUACGACAUCUAAAAUCACUCAGAGCAUUUCCAAUUUUGUACAUACUCAUACCAAAGAGUUGGUUCUUCACAGUUUAUCAGUAUUGUACAGUCUUAAGUCCAUUACUUGUGUACAGAUUUGCUACGGCUUCUCUGAAUGGCUUAAGGGAAAUGUUUGAGAGUCGCCGGUUCAGUGACCUGUGCUACUUUUUGAGCUUUCUUCAUGGUGUAGCUUCAAGCAAUAUACUUUCGUAUUAUUUCAAAGGAUAUGCUGUUACUAGCGCCACCGCUCUGCUGUUUUCGAUAAGGCCGAAUCAUCUGACACAAUUCACUCACCGCUUUCUCUGCUCUUUUUCAGAAUGUCUCUUUGCUUUCGAUUGUUCAGCACUGAACUAAAAUGGUUUGUGUAGUAACUCAAAUAAAGAUUUUGAAAUGGAAAAUCAA